ACGCGGCCAACCGCCGAUCGUCCGCUACAGUUGCUCGCCCGCGUCCGGCAGAUCAGUCAGACACAUUUUUUUUUCCUGUACGCGCUCGCUUGCACGCCCGCACACACGUCGUUCUCGUAUGCUUAUAUACAUAAAUAUAAGUACGAAAUACGCGUAUAUAAUAAGCGCCGGCACCGCUGCUGCUGUUGGGACGUCGUAUAAUAUCUGUCGCGUGUGUGCGUGUGUGUGUGUGAGUGUGUGUGUACACUGUACGCGAGUGUGCGCGCAAACACAACAAUCACACGGUAUAUCAAUAAGACAAUAGCAUAUAUCUGCAGUUAUAUUUCAAAGCCGUAUUGUAGCAAUUAUACAGCUGCAGCACUGCAGUAAUCGGCGCGACCGGUGUAGCACGAGGGAGACCGUGCCAAACGCGGUCAUCGCGACUGCAAGUGACAGAGCAGAGUCGCGCCCGAAAACACAAACGAUCGACUGACAAAAAGAUCUUGUGGCCAAUCGUCGUUGGCAGCUGCUGCAUCGACCAUAGAGCGGUGUAUACUAUUGUAUAGCCCAAAUACCUAAGACAAAUCGAAAUGGCACCACCACCGACCUCGACGACAUCGGUCCGACGUUGUUCCAUCCUGACCGCCACUUUACUGCUGUUAUUAGCGGUAGCCGCCAGUUUGCCAUCCGGCGCCCAGUCGUCCGCCAUACGUCCUGCGUCAUCUGCUGUAUCCACCGACGCCGAAGCCGCUGCUUCCCCGUUAGUGCCAAGCAAUUGGCACGGGGCUUCGGACGUCCCCGCUGAGGUAUCAGCGUCAGCCGCCGGAAGGACCGUGCUUGUCAGGAAAAAAAGGACGUUGCUCAAACUCAAGCCACUCAUCGUGCUGCCGGUCAAGGUCGCGCUUGGCACCGGCGCCAAGCUGGUGGCUGGGGCCAAGCUCGGAGCCAAGGCGGUCGGGAUAGGCUCGAAAGCACUCGGCGUCAGUUUGGUCGGAUUGAAAGCCGUCCAUAAGGUGGCCAAAGUGACAGUGAAGGCAGCCACCGCGUUAGGCGUCAAGGCGGUUCUGCUCAACUUUUUGUUUCAGAAAAUCAAUCAGGUGAUCGACUUUAAGACACGCUUACUGAGCAACCUUGACCAGCGCAACCGGCAGCAAAAUGCACAAUUCCUGUCACCAGUGUUGACCCAAUCCUCUUCGUCUGCAAAAUCGGGAUCGAUCGGAAACAAGGACAACGCCUCAUUCAACGGCGUUGCCGCCUCAGCUCCCGCCGACACUUUCAUCGCUGCGCCAGACUUCGUGGCCGCCGCUGAUACACCGGGAUUCGUCACAAAUGCGCCACCGGCAACCUUUGUCCCCGGAUCGGACCUGAUCGCUUCACCACCACCGCCAUCACAGCAGGAAUUUGCGGGAGCACCACCGAACUUUGCCGGCACUCCAGCAAACUUUGAGGGCACUUCGCCGAGCUUUGCCGGCGCUCCUCCCGGAUUUCCCGCAUUCCAGCCGAGUUUUGCCGCCGAACCGUCGAGCUUUGCCGCGACAAAUGAUGAUGGAUCGCCAUCGUCGGAGACUUCAUUCUAAAAAUAUGCGUCCUCUCGUCGCGCGUCGUCGUCAUGUCGUCGUCUCCUCAAUCGCAUCCACACUUGCCAGCCACACAGCCAUUAUAUAUUCUAUAUAAUCGUCAUUUAUUUAUAUUAUCCAUCAUUAUCACAAUCAUAUAUCUAAGUAUAUAGUCAUAAAUCAUUAUACAUAGUUAUAGUAGUUGUUGAAAAGUACAGGUAUUACAUAACGGUCGAGUCGUGAAUACUUGGUCAACUCACCAAUGUGAUCAUAGUUGUUAUCGCGGCCGUUCGACUGUACUUAUGUGUAAAACAAAAUUUUAGACAUAGGUUAAAUUACAUGUUUAUGCUAUCAGUCUACGUAAUCACUUACUUUUACGAUGAUUCAUCUGAUUAAAGAGAAAAAAGAAGAUUCGUUUGAUUUUUACAGUUCUGGUCGAUUACAUAAAAUUUAAGUAAGGGUACGGAUUAAAUUGUGAACAUCGCGUUUAUUAUAUAGCUAUCACUAUAUGACUUAAUAACAAAAUAUCACGUGUAACAUUAAAACAAGUAUACUCGUGCGUAAUAUUGUAUAACCAUUUUAAAUUAAAUUAUUAUCAACGUAUUUUUUAUAGCUAUAUUAUAAAUAAAUUAUUUUAUAGUACAACCACAUAUAAGCUCAAGUGUAACCGAUAAUCAAAAUUUCGUUUUAUACAACAUUAUGUAAUAUUUAUAAACGCUUAUAAAUUAUUACAUUAAUACAAUUCUACAAUGCAUGUUAGAAAAUUUAGCGUUAAAAAUAAUCGCACGUUUUAUAAAUUAUAAACACAAGAGCCUGCAGUGUAUUAUUUAGUAUGGUAUACCCAGUUCAUUUAAUAAAUAAUAAUUUGAGUAUAAACAUGAAACUAUGUGCGCAUCUAAUAAUAUUCGUGUGUUUUAUGUAUUAUAUAUUAUAAUAUUCAUCACAGAGGGAUCAGAAAUUAUUACACUUCACUUUCAUAAAUAUGUCUAUACGUUAAUAAUUAAUACGUUGUAAUUAUUUUUGUUACGACAUCCAACAAUGUAAUGUACAAUCACUCGUCUUUUCUUCAUCGUUUUUAUAAUUUUCAUAAUUUUAACCACGCAUGUCGACUGCAGAAUUUUUAACAGUUCUUUCAUCACACAAAUAACCAUUAUCAUUAAUUGUUAUUAAACCACAUUAUCGUUAGUACAAUUUUCAAUUUUCAUCCGUCAUCUUACAUCGUUAUCGUCAGUCAAUGACCAUUUGACCAGCUAAUCAUCGUCAUAUUAUUUAUAGUAUCAUCAAUUUAUCAUAAAUAAGUGUUAUAUAAUAACAAUUGUAAUACAUUGUAGUUAGUCACGUAGCCUUACUUGGAUAAAUUAGUAUCAUCUAUAUAGUAAAUCUUAGUAGUUAAAGUAAAUAAAACUGUUGGUAUAUUAUUUAUUACUGUAGUCGUAAUUCUCAAAAGUAGGUAUUUUAACUUGAUCAAAAUAUUUAUAUAAUAUUAUAGAACGAAAAAAUAAAAAAGCUUGUUGCCGAUAAUUAGACAAUAAUAAAUUAUCGUUGAAAACAACAACGAGACGUCUACGAACAAAUCUUAUCGCACUGUAUGCUGUGUCAUAUUUUUAAUACAAUAUUAGCAUAUUAUCGGUGUAAAUAUUUAUUAGUCAUUUUUCAUUGACAUUUUAAGUGUGGCUUGAAAUGUAAGUAUUUAUUAAGGGUCUAAUGUAGUUUCUAAAAUUAUAAUAAUAUCCGAUUUUAGGAAUCAGUCUGAUUUUUUUUCAAUAUUAUAUACUAUACAAUAAAUACCACUAUAGGAUUUAUUUUUUCUGUAAUUUAAGAAAUUCAACAAGUUUUCUAGAACUUCGUGAUAAAAUAAAUCAAAAGUAUUUGAAUUUUAAUUAUUAAUAAAUUUCACUAGUUUGUGUGGUUAUAUCUACGUUAAAUUCAAUUAAAAUCAAAGUAGUUUCUUCGGUUUGUUUUAAAAACUUAGCAUUGAUACUCGUUAAAAAAUAUAAAUGAAUAUUUUAUCGAUGUAGAACCCUUUCGUUCUAAACCUACGCCAUUAAUAUUGACUAGAGUGUAUCGUUUUUAUCAUUAUUAUAGCUUUUUUUUAUGUAGGUAUAAUAAUUACAUAGUUGUAAACUUAAAAGUCAUUUAGGGUGGGUGUUAAAGUUUAAUUACUAAUAGUUAAUAAAAUAGAAACAAAAUAUAAUCCUUAUUAUUUUAUAGCCAAUAAUAAAUAUUAACAGAAUAACAGACAUAUCACUCUACUGUAAUACGUCUAUAUUGUAAUAGACGUAUACAAUUGUAGAGGAUAUUUUAACAUUAACUAUACUAUUAUCUAUAAGCGAAGGCCUAUAGACGUAUAUUAUACUGAAUAUUCACGCUCACGUACACAAUACUAUACGGUGUAUAAACAUUUCAAACUGGGGAUAUACCUAUACGUUCUUACAAUCUAUUCGAUAUGUUUCAUAAAAUAAAUUUUGAUUACCAAUCCUCCAAUUAGGUAUAUUUAAUAUUUAGAUAUAUUAGAAUGAAGACUAAAUAUAAUUAUUUUUUAAAUUUAUCAUUACUUAAUACUUAUACAAAUCACCCUUGAGCCCUUUUUUAAUCUUUCUGUAUAUAAUAUAUGCGUAAGGGAUACCCCAUCUUAAUA